ACAGCUUGGAGAAGUGCUAGGAAGGGGAAGUGUGUGUUGCCUGAGAGCUAGUACUAGAGGGAAUCUGACUUAAUCGGGUGUCAAGGAAGGUUCCCCUGAGGAAGCAACGCUUGAGCUGAGAGCGCAGAAGGAGCGUUCUAGGAGGCGUCAGGGUGCCAAGAUCUGGUGAUGGAGGGAACGCGCGCCUUUCUGGGAUGAGUUGCUGAAACCAUGGUGAAAUGUUGCUCGGCCGUUGGAUGUGCCUCUCGCUGUUUACCGAAUUCCAAGUUAAAAGGACUGACAUUUCACGUAUUCCCCACAGAUGAAAAUAUCAAAAGAAAAUGGGUAUUAGCAGUGAAAAGACGUGAUGUGAAUGCUGCAGGCAUUUGGGAGCCUAAAAAAGGAGAUGUGCUGUGUUCAAGACACUUUAAGAAGACAGAUUUUGACAGAAGUGCUCCAAAUAUUAAACUGAAACCUGGAGUCAUACCUUCUAUUUUUGAUUCCAUAUCUCGCUUACAGGGGAAAAGAGAAAAGCUUCCUUGUAGGAGAAACUUCACCCUCAGAGCCCUUCCAGUUACAAACCACAAUCCCAAGCUUGUUGAUGCUUCCUCGUGUGUUGAAGAAUUCCAGUCGCAGUUCAUUUUUGAACAUAGCUACAGUGUGAUGGACAGUCCAAAGAAACUUAAGCAUAAAUUAGAUCAUGUGAUCAGCGAGCUAGAGGAUACCAAGAAAAGUCUGCAGAAUGUUCUAGACCGAGAAAAACGUUUCCAAAAAUCAUUGAGGAAGACAAUCAGGGAAUUAAAGGAUGAAUGUCUCAUCAGUCAAGAAACAGCAAAAAGACUGGAAGCUUUCUGUUGGGACUGGUGUCAAGAGAGCAUAGAACAAGACUAUAUUUCAUGAAAUAAUUUCAUGUUAUGUUCUACUUAAAAUUGGUAAAAUUGAUCUUGGCUUUUAAGGAAA